UCUUAAAUCUUAAUUUUGCCUCAAAGUGUCCGAAGGCGUGAAGAGAACUGAAACAGGAAGAGCAGAGCAGAGCAGAGCAGAUCGAAGAAUCCAUUCAGCCAUGAGUAACGAAUAUGAUUACUUGUUCAAACUGUUGCUGAUCGGCGACUCUUCCGUCGGGAAGUCUUGUCUUCUUCUCAGAUUCGCUGAUGAUUCGUAUGUGGACAGUUACAUUAGCACGAUUGGAGUUGAUUUUAAAAUUAGGACUGUGGAGCUUGAUGGGAAGACGGUCAAGCUCCAAAUUUGGGAUACUGCUGGCCAGGAGCGUUUUCGGACUAUUACAAGCAGCUACUAUCGUGGAGCACAUGGGAUUAUCAUUGUCUAUGACGUAACUGAAAUGGAGAGCUUCAACAAUGUCAAGCAAUGGCUGAAUGAAAUUGAUAGAUAUGCAAAUGAGAAUGUAUGCAAGCUCUUAGUAGGUAAUAAAUGUGAUAUGGUGGAGAACAAGGUUGUGAGCACAGAGACAGCAAAGGCAUUUGCCGAAGAGCUAGGCAUUCCUUUCCUCGAGACUAGUGCAAAAGAUUCCAUCAAUGUAGAGCAGGCUUUCUUAACCAUGGCUGGCGAGAUUAAGAAAAAGAUGGGUAGCCAGCAUGUGGGAAACAAGAAACCCGCAAGUGUUCAAAUCAAGGGACAGCCAAUUGACCAGCCGAAAAGCAACUGCUGUGCUUAACAACUCCCCUCAGGUUCUUGCUUUAUGUUUCUUGUUCAUGUUAACAAACACUGAAAGCAGAACACUGGCUUUGUUUUGUGCACAAAUAGUCUCAAAGCGCUAUCUUCUUCCCCUGUAACCGUUCACAGACGAUUGCUGCCUUGUGGGCAUCGCUCCUAACAUGUACUACUAUUAGCCAAGUGAUGAUUGUGUAACAUCUGUUUGUUUUUUUUUCAUGUUUUGAUAACUUUCUUUCUCCAGAAUUUGUCUAACCAUAUCUGGGGCAGUUCUCCAAUGCUUUAUUAUUAUAUAAUAAGUACUCCGUAGUAUUAUUAUUGUUAUAAAAUUUUAAUUUUUUU